GUAUCUUUCCCUGAGUAAUUUAAAUUCUACAGGUGGUGGGUUUUUAUUUGUUUUGAUGUCUCUUGUGGUUUAUUUGUUUAGUCUGGUGGGUUUUUUUGGCUGGUUGGUUUGUUUAUAAAGGGCUUGAAAGAGCAGGUUUGUACAAAGGUUUAGRUAUCAAAACCAUAAGGAGCUUUGAAUAACUCAAAGGAGGUGUGGUGACCCUGGCUGAAUGCCAGGUGCCCACCAAAGCCACUCGCAACAGCUCUCCUCAGCUGGGCAUGGGACAGAAAAUUCCCCAAAAAUUUUGUGGGUCACAAUAAAGCAGGGAGAGGUCUCUCACCAGUUACUGUCAGGGCAAAACAAACUUAACUUGGGAAAAUCAGUUUAUUACCAAUCAAAUCAGAGUAGGGUAAUGAGACAUAAAAGCUUAAAUCCUAAGACACCUUUCCCCCUACUCUUCCCAGGCUCAACAUCACUCUCAAUUUCUCUACUUCCUGCCACCAGCAGUGCAGGAGGACAGGGAAUGGGGGCUGAGGUUUAUGAGGAAGCAAGAAAGACAGACUGGAAAAGAUAUGGAGAGCAGAUGGCCGCUUACAAAGCCCAACUGACUCCAGCCCAGACUGCGGCUUUGAAAGAGGAAAGGAGAAAACAACUGGCAAAGAGAAGAUCAAUGAGGGCAAAAAGGGAAUUGAAUCUGCUUGGAAAACCUAAAAGAGCUCGUAGUGGCUUUAACAUUUUCCUGUCAGAAAAUUUUCAGCAAAGUGAGGGAAUUUCACCUGUGGCAAAGCUGAAGAAACUAUAUGAUGCAUGGCAAAAAUUGUCUACUUCCCAAAAACAGCCAUACCUGCAGCUUGCUGAAGAUGAUAAGGUUCGGUAUGAGAAUGAAAUGAAAUCAUGGGAAGCAAAAAUGGUUGAACUGGGACGUGAAGACCUGGUGCGUUCCAGAAAGCAAAGGCUAAAAAAGAAACCUGCUGAAACUGCAAAGCAAGCUGAAACAGCCAAAGCUUCCUCUGGUGGAAACAAGGCAAAAUUAAAGUUAAAAAAAUCAGAAGAAUAAAAAAUCCCCUUUGGUUGUCAUAUUUCUGUCCUGCUGUGUUAAUGCUGCAGUCAGCAUUAGCACAAAAAUUUGGAAGCCSCAUGAAGGGCCUAUUGGAAUGAUGAUCAAGUAAGAGAGGUGUUACUGUCUCUCAGAACUGACUGAAAUAAUCACUGAACUGUAGAACAGCAAUCGGUUAAUCAAGCUGUGAAUACUGAUACCUACUGACGUCAGCAGAACUCUCCAGUAACAGUAGAUAAUAGCCACCUUUUAUAAGGUAUUUUUAAUACCUUGAAAUACCUUUUUUAAUACCUUGAAAAAAAAUKCUUUCUUUAUGGAAGAAAGAAUAUUCUACAAUGUUACCAUCUAAAUUCUGUAAAUAAGAGCUGAACUCUGAAUUAAUGCUGCUGUGUUGUAUUCCCUCCAUGUUACUGGUAGUGAAAUGUUCUACAUUUCAAUGACAGGCACAAGAAAUGUAAAAUACUAUCUUUUAUUUUAUGCAUCUGUCUUUUUGUACCUGGUAAUCUGUGUAUGCCACUUAUAUUGCAUUUAAUUAAAGACCAUACGAGUUUUGUAUGAAGGUACCUUUACUGGACUUUUAUUCCAUGAUUUUGUUUGGAUACAUGCAAACACUUUUGUCUUGCUGUUGUCACAUUUGGGACAGCCUAAAGGAAAAGAAAAAAAUGUGAACUGUUAGGACUUUGAGUUUUGAUGUAAUAAAUACAGGUAUUUUGAAGAGAUGAAUGGUUUC